AAAGAUAUAGAUUAAAACAUGGCUCAACCAACCGUAUUUAAUGCUUCCUACAUUGAACCUACUGUUAUGCAUAACGGAAGUACUCUUUUGGAAAGAAGACAGCAGACGGCUCCUUUUCUGCAGCAAUUAGAACUUCCCUCACUACCUCCUUUAUCACAACUAUUAACUACAGAAAAAAAGCAGCAAGAAAAUAUCCAUACAGCCAUUGCAAGUACUGCUGCUGCUAUGGCAACAUCCAUCACUUCAACUGCACAGCCACUCAUUCAACAGGAUACAGGCGCCUUUUUACCAACAACCUCGGCUGUCUAUGAUACAAAUACGAUUCUACCUACGGAAGCCAUUUUAUAUAACAAUAACACCACGCUAGAUCCUACCAUGAUUGACCCACCCAUGUUUAAUCUCAUUUCAUCGGGUCUUACCGACCCUCAACAAUUGAUGAUGGGCAGACAGAGACAAACAAGUGUAUCAUCCAGUUCAUCUGAUAAGGUAUACUCUUUUGUGGCUAUCCCUGGCACAAACCAGAAAAAGAGACCUCGCCGAAGAUAUGAUGAAAUUGAACGUCUUUACCACUGCAACUAUCCUGGUUGUACAAAAUCCUAUGGUACAUUGAAUCACUUAAACGCUCAUGUGAGCAUGCAGCAACAUGUAAGUUUAUUGAAUAUAUAAAAAUAUAGUAAUUUAGAUAAUUAAAUAUCCGAUAUUUCAAGGGACCUAAACGUCAGCCAAGUGAAUUUAAGGAAAUGCGUAAAGAGUGGAGACGUCAAAAGAAAGAGAGAGAGAAUGCAAAAAAGGCAGCAGAAGCAGCAGCUCUCCAGCAACAACAACAACAACAGCAGC